AAAGUUUGGAUCUGGGGAAGGACGCGGCGCCGAGCGGGAUUCCUACCGGGGCCGCCAGGAGACCUCCGAAACCUUCGCAGGAGCGGAGGGCGUGUCUUGCCCUCUUCCAGUGCCGGUGCAUUUGAAGUGCAUACCUUCCUGUGUAAAUUUAUUCUCGAAGUUAGAAAGUCUGCAGUGAGAAAGUGCUUGAGGGUGUCCCUGGUGGCUCAGUGGUAAAGAAUCCGCCUGCCAAUGCCGGAGACAACGGUUCGAUCCCUGAUCCAGGAAGAUCCUAUGUCCUGCAGAGCAGCUAAGCCCAGGCACUGCCAACACUGAAGCCCGAGCGUCCUAAAGCCCCAGCUCUGCAACAACAGAAGCUUCCACAAGGAGAAGCCCACACCCCCCCAACUAGAGAGAGGCCCCCGCUCUCCACAACCGGAGAAAAGCAGGAAAAGCAAGGAAGACCCAGCGUGGAGGAAAAUAAAUAAAUCAAUAAAAGUAUAAAAAGAAAAAUGCUUGCACCCUGAGGGUCUGAAGAUACACAGGCAGAGGACAGACCAGACUCCCACCUCUGGCUUGAAGAAUGUAUGGGGCGGGUUCCCAUAGCUCCUAAAAGGUAGCGUCUAUUUCCAAAGAGAAUUGGAGACAUGAAAAAAUGGGAGCGGGGCAGCCUUGGGGAGUUCUCUGAAAAACAACGUUUGCGGCAACAGUUCAGACCUUAGCAGAUUGCAGAUUGAGCUUAACCAAGAAGCUCGUGGGCUGAUCCACGCUGACCUGCCUGACCACAGAAGAGGUUCUGUCGGCCUGGUUGGGCCCCUCUUGGCCACGGAUAACUUGGCUUCACUUGUUGCCUGGGUGGAAAAUUCUUCCUGUUGAAAUAUUUUUGCACAUGGAGGACAACAGCAAAGAGGCCAACACAGGCUGAGAAGACCAGAGACCUCAAGAAUAUUCUUUGCCCUUGGCCUUCGGGACAUUUCCUCUAGUUGGAGUUCUGGACUUGAGAACCCUGUUCAGUUAUUUUGGUUUAGCUAUCUGUUUCUAUUUUUUUUAUUUUUAUUUUUUUACUUUUCUUUUCCCUACAGCAUUGUGUUUGAUUUCCGUACUUCAGAAAUGGGCCUACAGACCACACAGGGGCCCGGCCAGGGGGCUUUUUUCCUGAAAUCUUGGCUUCUCAUUUCCCUGGGGCUCUCCUCACAAGUGUCAAAAUUCCUGGCGUGCCCUAGUGUGUGUCGCUGUGACAGAAACUUCGUCUACUGUAACGAGCGAAGCUUGACCUCAGUGCCUCUUGGGAUCCCGGAGGGCGUCACUGUACUCUACCUCCAUAACAACCAAAUUAAUAAUGCUGGGUUUCCUGCAGAACUCCACAACGUUCAGUCUGUGCACACCGUCUACCUUUAUGGCAACCAACUGGACGAAUUCCCCAUGAACCUCCCCAAGAACGUCCGUGUCCUCCACCUGCAGGAAAACAACAUUCAGACCAUUUCACGGGCAGCCCUGGCCCAGCUCCUGAAGCUGGAAGAGCUGCACCUGGAUGACAACUCCAUCUCCACCGUGGGCGUGGAAGAUGGAGCCUUCCGCGAGGCCCUGAGCCUCAAGUUGCUGUUCCUGUCCAAGAACCACCUCAGCAGUGUGCCAGUGGGCCUCCCCGUGGACCUGCAGGAGCUGCGUGUGGAUGAGAACCGCAUCGCCGUCAUCUCAGACAUGGCCUUCCAGAACCUCACGAGCUUGGAGCGUCUGAUCGUGGACGGGAACCUCCUGACUAACAAGGGCAUCGCCGAGGGCACCUUCAGCCACCUCACCAAGCUCAAGGAAUUCUCCAUCGUCCGGAACUCACUCUCCCGCCCGCCUCCUGACCUCCCAGGCACACACCUGGUCAGGCUCUACCUGCAGGACAACCAGAUCAACCACAUCCCUUUGACAGCCUUCUCCAACCUCCGGAAGCUGGAACGGCUGGACAUCUCCAACAACCAGCUGCGCGUGUUAACUCAAGGGGUCUUCGACAACCUCUCCAACCUGAAGCAGCUCACCGCUCGGAACAACCCUUGGUUCUGUGACUGCAGCAUUAAAUGGGUCACGGAGUGGCUCAGGCACAUCCCCGCCUCGCUCAACGUACGAGGUUUCAUGUGCCAAGGUCCCGAGCAAGUCAGGGGCAUGGCCGUGCGGGAGCUGAAUAUGAAUCUGUUGUCUUGCCCCACCACAACCCCUGGCCUGCCUCCCCUCACCCCAGCCCCGACUUCAGCUUCUCCUGUGACUCAGCCCACCACGUUCUCCAUGCCGAUCCCCAGCAGAAGCUACACACCCCUGAGUCCCACAGCAUCCAAGCCCCCCACAAUUCCCGACUGGGAUGGCAGAGAAAGGGUGACCCCACCGCUUUCUGAACGGAUCCAACUCUCCAUCCGUUUCGUGAAUGACACCUCCAUCCAAGUCGGCUGGCUCUCUCUCUUCACUGUGAUGGCUUACAAGCUCACAUGGGUGAAAAUGGGCCACAGUUUGGUGGGGGGCAUCGUUCAGGAACGCAUCGUCAGCGGUGAGAAGCAGCAUCUGAGCCUGAUAAAUCUGGAGCCCAGAUCCACCUAUCGGAUUUGUUUAGUGCCCCUGGAUGCGUUUAACUACCGAGCUGUAGAAGACACCAUUUGUUCAGAGGCCACCACCCAUGACUCCUAUGUGAACAAUGGCAGCAACACGGCUUCCAGCCACGAGCAGACGACUUCCCACAGCUUGGGCUCCCCUUUCCUGCUAGCGGGCCUGAUCGGGGGCGCUGUGAUAUUCGUGCUCGUGGUCCUGCUCAGUGUCUUUUGCUGGCACAUGCACAGAAAGGGGCGCUACACCUCCCAGAAGUGGAAAUACAACCGAGGCAGGCGGAAAGAUGACUACUGUGAGGCGGGCACGAAGAAGGACAAUUCCAUCCUGGAGAUGACAGAGACCAGUUUCCAGAUUGUCUCCUUAAAUAACGAUCAGCUCCUUAAAGGAGAUUUCAGACUGCAGCCCAUUUACACCCCAAAUGGGGGCAUUAAUUACACAGACUGCCAUAUCCCCAACAACAUGCGAUACUGCAACAGCAGCGUGCCAGACCUGGAGCACUGCCAUACGUGACAGACAGAGGCCCAGCGCUACAGAGCGGAUGGACAUGGAGACUCUCGAGAACAUGCACGUGUGUGCACGUAAAGACACACGAGUUACAUUUGAUAAAUGUUACACAGAUGCGUUUGUGCAUUUGAAUACUCUGUAAUUUAUACGGUGUACUAUAUAAUGGGAUUUAAA